AAAUAUUAAGAAUUAGAUGUUCUAAAUUCAAUUCUCGCUCCCUCCUCUCAAUUUCUUAAAUCUCACUCCUCUUUUUUCCUCUUUCUCGCUUUUUAAAUUCCGUCCUUUCCUUGUUUGAAAAAAAAAUGAUGAAAAAAAAGAGUCUCAGUGGUGUGAGUUAGAGUUGGGCCUGGGAUUGCACAACUCCAAUGACUGUCAUGCAAACCCACGCUCCGCAAAAGCCCAGGCAACAUAUGUUAGAAAAGACGGACGCUUUUGAGUUUAGGAGACCGGCGGUGGUACACACGGCUCCGUGUCUUGACUCUCUCUCUCUCAACAGUCAAAUCCUUGAAAAUACUGCGAAAAGGCAUAGAGGAUUGGGAUUUGGGAGUAGGUCGUAGACGAGAACAACGGCCAUUGUGUGAGAUUCUGGAGUGGAGACUGAAGGGUAAAAAAUUUACUACUAUGGCGUGGUUGGCCGCUGCAAAGAGCUUCCAUCUGCCGGCGGUUGAUGUCACCGCCCUCCGCUCUCGAGCUCCCUUAGCUGUCGGCUGCUUCGGCUGCGUGUCGAUGGCCGGCGCCGGCAUCGGCCGAUCCUCCUCGGCAUUUCGGUCUAAACUCUUCGCUUCCUUGAGCAUUUCCGCUGAUGCCAGUAUAAAGGAAGCUAUUCAGACUGACAAGGCCCCAGCGGCAUUGGGGCCAUACUCUCAAGCUAUAAAAGCAAACAACCUCCUUUUUGUGUCUGGGGUUCUUGGUCUAGUUCCAGAGACUGGGAAGUUUGUCUCGGAUAGUGUUGAGGAUCAAACAGAGCAGGUUCUUAAGAAUAUGGGCGAGAUACUUAAAGCAAGUGGUGCUAGCUAUUCCUCAGUUGUUAAGACAACAAUUAUGUUGGCUGACUUGAAGGAUUUUAAGAAAGUCAAUGAGAUUUAUGCUAAAUACUUUACAUCACCGGCGCCAGCUCGAUCAACUUACCAAGUAGCAGCUUUACCAUUGGACGCAAAAAUUGAAAUAGAAUGCAUAGCGGUGCUGUGACUUCUCAGCUGAAAUGAUUCUGUGGACAUUAUCAGCCAGGAUCCCAGCGUAAUAAGUUCAGAUGAGCCAUGUGAAUCUGUAAUUGAGGUCCAGUAUCUGAAGGCUGAACCCUUCAGAGUUGUAAUACCUCAUAAUUUGAAAUUCUUCAUGGAAAGAGUUGAAACGUAAAAAGAGGAUUCAUUAUGACGUGUUGCAAAUUUGGUUCCUUUUGCAGAUUUAGGAACUCUAGACAAUGAAAACUCAAAAAGUUGCGGAAUGCA